AUGAAGAUAUACUACAUUGGCGUGUUGAGAAACAGCGGGGACAAGACCCUAGAGUUGAGUUCAGUGAAGGACUUGAGCGAGUUUGGGUUUUUCGAGAGGAACAGUGUGGCACAGUUUAUGUCAUUUUUCAGUGAGACUGUUGCGGGCAGGACCAGUGCUGGACAAAGACAAAGUGUUGAAGAAGGGAAAUACGUUGGACAUGUGUAUGCGAGGUCUGAGGGGAUUUGCGGGGUGCUGAUCACGGAUAAGGAGUAUCCUGUGAGACCAGCAUACACGCUAUUGAACAAGAUUUUGGAUGAGUACUUGGUGGCGCACCCUCCAUUGGAAUGGAAGGAUGUUGCGGAGACGAACGACUCGCUCAAGUUGAAAGAGUUGGAUAUAUAUAUUUCGAAGUACCAGGAUCCGUCGCAAGCGGACGCGAUCAUGCGUGUGCAACAGGAGCUAGACGAGACCAAGAUCACGUUGCACAAGACGAUCGAGAACGUGUUGCAGAGGGGUGAGAAGUUGGACAAUCUAGUGGACAAGUCGGAGUCGCUUUCUGCGGCCUCCAGAAUGUUUUACAAGCAGGCCAAGAAGACCAACUCGUGUUGCAUUGUGAUGUAG